AUGAAGUUCUCCGCCGCCACUCUUCUCGCCGCUGCUGCCAGCGUCUCCGCUACUGCCGUCUUUGAGGUCAAGGAUUUCACUGCCAGCUGCAUUGCCCACAGCACCUUCUGCGACUAUCAGUUCAAGGUCAUCCAGCCCCACUCCAUGGAGACCUGGGAGAACGCCGUUGUCUGCAACGCCCGCGCUCAGUCCACCGACUACACUCUCCCCGACAUCAAGGAUGGAAAGUGUAAGGACUCUUCCCGCACCUUCACCGUCACCCGUGGUGACAAGGGUCUUCUCGUCAAGAUCUCUCAGCCCGUCAGCCCCAAGAGCAACACCGUUGGAGAGCACUUCAUCCCCAAGUCUCUGCUCUUCCAGUCCGAGGUUCCCAACGCCGAGGUCCAGAUGUACAACGGACCCAAGGACUUUGAGUUCACCCAGACCUCUUAG